AUCUGUAUCGCUCGUGCUAACUUGACUCCGGCUGUUUCAUUAUGGUAGUCGUCCGAACAAGCGGCUCAUGAAGCAGGAAUCCAGACAGGAUUAUCAGCAGCAGACACUGCCGUGUAGCCGAGCGAUAUUUCUAUCUGCGGUUCGCCUCCAGCAGUCGGACCGCAUCGACAUUUCCAUUCAGACCGACGCAAGGAGAGAGGGACCUUUCUAUGGCAGCUAACUGCUCGGCCCUCCUGUUCUCUCGGUGCCGUACUGCUGCAGCACCCAACAUCUCAUCAUCACACUAACGGGAUGACGGAGGGAACCGAGCCUCCUCACGCACGGGCCGCGUUCAAGGGCUGCAGGAAUUCUUAUAACCGCAGCGGCAAUGGCUUCGAAAUUUUGAAGUGAUUUAACCACACACGAGUGAGACGCUUCCAACUGUGACAUCGAUGAAUGAACCCGGGAUAUGUAAUGGACUCUAUUCUUCAGAAGAGUUGAAAGACAGGACGCUGAACUAAUGAGAAAUGUGGCUCACUAAAGGAGAAAUAUAGGUCAUAUAUCUUCAUAUCCACUGCAGCCAUCGUCCAGGUGGAAAACGGAUGCGCUCACAGUUGAGGUAUUGUGUAAAACAGAUAUCAGGUCAUUAGGUCAUCCAUAAAAUCCAAGAGCCGCUUUGAUUAUUUUGACAUCAAGAUGGUGGGAGCCACCAUCACCUCUGGUCUAUUGUGGACUAUCGCGGUCUAACAGACAUUUUAGUACCCUCUUGGGAAAGAACAGAGCAUCUGGAGCCUGGUGGUCCGCCAGCAACAUGGACUACCAUGCCGAGUGCUGCUUCUGUGAUCCCGAAGAGGGUCACGGCGGCCCAGACGAGCCGCCUCUACACAGCAUCCACGCACCAAACCGCAUCCGGCCAUCAUCGUACCGAGCCCUGAGGAGUGCUGUGUCCAGUCUGGCCCGCAUUGACGACUUCUUCUGCGAGAAGAUUGGUUCAGGCUUUUUCUCUGAGGUCUUCAAGGUGCAGCACCGGAUCACAGGGCAGGUGAUGGCACUGAAAAUGAACACGCUGGCUAGCAACAAAGCUAACAUGCUACGAGAGGUGCAGCUCAUGAACAGGCUUUGCCACCCAAACAUUCUCAAGUUUCUUGGGGUAUGUGUACACGAAGGUCAACUCCACGCUCUGACUGAGUAUAUAAAUGGAGGAAACCUGGAGCAGCUGCUAGACAGUGAUCUGUACCUGUCGUGGGGCGUCAGGAUCCACCUGUCUCUGGACAUCGCCCGAGGGCUGCAGUACCUGCACAGCAAGGGCUUAUUCCACAGAGACCUCACCUCCAAGAACUGUCUGGUGCGCUGUGAUAACGGCAUGUUCACUGCAGUGGUGGGAGACUUCGGCCUGGCAGAGAAGAUCCCCGAUUACAGUGAUGGUGUGGGGAAGCAGCCUCUGGCCAUUGUGGGCUCCCCUUACUGGAUGGCCCCUGAAGUUCUGAGAGGAGAGCUGUAUGAUGAGAAGGUGGACGUGUUCGCGUAUGGCAUCAUCAUGUGUGAGAUCAUCGCCCGGAUUGAAGCUGAUCCUGACUUCUUACCCCGAACAGAGGACUUUGGUCUGGACGUGGAUGCAUUUGAGAGCAUGGUUGGGGAUUGUCCACCUGCAUUCUUUAGCCUGGCUGUCACCUGCUGUAAUAUGAAUGCAGAAAGGCGGCCCACAUUCACUGAUAUUGUCUUCGCACUGGAGGGCAUGGACAGAGGAGAUGAGGGAGAGAAGCCCAUAGCACUUGAGCCUGUGGCGGUAGAUGUCAGCCCAUACCGACGCCGCAGCUCUCCUUGUCACCCCAGUGACCACAGCCAGCAACGGCAAGGCUUGGCGAGGAGUCAGUCAGACAUGCUACCCCCAGCAACCCUUACCCCUCCCAUCUUAGGGACUCCAGCACGGGUCAACCCCUUCUCUCUCAGACAGGACUUGAAUGGGGGGCGCUGUAAACUCUUAGACACGCCCAGCAAGUCCGUCAUCUCCCUGACUUUCACCCUCCCGGCACUUUGCGACCCGUGUGCCUCCCCCAAUCUUCUCAGAGGCAUGUUGGGGACACGAGCACUGCCUAGGAGAUGUCAGUCCCUCCCCUGUACCCCAGAGCUCAGCCGAACUGUAUCCUUGUCAAGAGACAUGGAUGGGAGGGAGGAGGAAACCAAUGUGGAGGUCAGAGUGGUGUCGAUUAAAGGAGGGACAGGGGACGCUAUGGAAGAUGAUGUGGAAAAGAAGACAGAAAAGAUGGAUGAAAGGUUGAAGGUAGAGCAUAUGGAGAUAAGAAAGUUGUUAAAGGAGGAGGAUGAGAUGGGAGAUGAUUCAGGUCUUCCUCUUGAGCUGGAGAUGGUGUCCCUGCAGCGUUUGGAGGAGGAGGAGGAAGAGGAGGAGAGUGUUUGUCUAACAGAACCCAUGGACUGCACCAAGUCCCCAGAGCCAGCAGAGGCAGUCUUGGACGCCACAUCUGAAAGACCCAUGCUCACCUCUACUUCAUCCUCCUCUUUACGGACCAAUGGCUGGCAACUUCCUAUCUCCAAUGGACCACCCUCCUUGCCUCCUCUACCACGAUUGGACAACAGCAACAGCUCAGCCCUUGUGAUGGGCCAGCAGUGGGGUGGAAGAGGGCUGGCUAAUGGUUACAACGGAGCCCAGGUCCUGUCCUCUGAUCCUAGCGCCCCACCUGAGCAGGAUGAGGUCAUUUCCUGUCCAGGCUGCUGUCUGGUGGGUCUGAGCUUCCCCUCAGUUUGCCUCCGUGGUUCAGCUGCUGUGCCUGCCCCCCACCGAAGGGCAUCAUUACCACGGCAGAGGCCCUACCGGAAUCUCAACGGUCCCAUAACUGGUGGAAACUCUUCCUCACCAACAAGAACAGACACAGCAACCAAAUCUCUACUGUGUCGCAGAACAAACGGACUAAUAAUGACUGGGCCUUCUGUACCAUGUGAGCCUGGCCGGUCCCUGCCAGAGGCCCAGACGUAAGUCAGCUCGGAGGAGAUUUGGUUUUAAAUAUGUGACAUGCAGCAGCACUGAAUGUUAGCGGACAGACAUAGCGACAUUAAAUGUUGCUUUGCUAAAUCUAAGAACCCACUACUGACCCGAGCAUUGGAGACGUGCUGUUAAUUCUGUGCAGUCACAUGGGUGAGGUGCAGUGAACGUGGUGGUUUAAAGUAAGAGGUUGCUAAGGUAGGCAGGACACAGCUGAACGAGGCUAUGAACUGAAGGCUGAGCAGUCAGUGUCAGCAACACAUUACUGCUGCUGGAAUGGUGCUCCUCCAAGUAGAGCAGCUAGUCGGACUUCUAGCAAUGCAAGCCUCUGAGGUACCAAAUCAAACUGAGCCUGAGACUCAGCUUGAUUUGACAAGAUUUAACAAGAGCUUGCAAUUUGUUACACACUUGGGUUUUAUUUUUCAGUCACGGCUGUCCUUUCCAUCAGUAAUAAUAACAUUGUACUCAUCAACUUAAUGUUGAGAUCUAUAAACACAGUCACAAGCCCCCAGGUUUCUCAAAGAGAUUUGAAAGAAAACAAAAAGAUGCUGAAGAGUAAACUGAUGACCAAACUGUCUCUUGAAAAGAUCUGUCAGAGAUUACAGACUUCCUGCUUGACCCUCGUCCUUUGCCUUGUGUUUGGCAGCCAUAGCCCUGGACUGCACUGCUACACCUCGUAAGAAAAACAUAAAUAAGCUACAGAAAAUGUCUGGCCCAUCUAUAUUUCCUGGUAUUGCAUUAGAACUGGAGAUGUGUCCUCAUUCACUCCUUUGAAAGCUGGUCAGUAGUGCAUGAAGUGGUGAUGUGCAAAAAAAAUGUAUCCACCAUUUUAAGGUCACUUCUUUCACAAUGCUAUAACCUACAGAAAUAAGUCUUUAUGGGCCUGUGUGCAUCAUGUGACCAUGUACAUGAUUGGCUUCAAAACCUGGCACUGUUCCUGGGGGCUUGUUUUUAUCCAUCCAUAAUGAAAUGUAUUUCCUACCUUUGAAAUCUAGGGGGCACCAUCCAUAUAUUAUACAAAAUUACGGACCCAACUGCGUGAAAAUGAGGUGUUGGGCCCAGACUCUUUAUGGACAGAAAACAACAGCUAUAAAUGGCGUCUCUUUGGCUAGCACAACGUGGUGGCCAAUACAUACUGUAAACAUUUGUAUAAACACUGUUUUUGAGUCUGUUUAACUGAUUAAAGGUAGCUAAAUGGGGAAUAUUUCUAAAAUGAAUGAAAAUGAUUUGGUUCUUACCUGUUUUUAUAGCAGUUGACUUGUAUGUCUGUGUGUGUCUGUGAGAGAGAGAGACAAAGAGAGCAAGAGAGAGACUAAAGGAAGUUGCUAAAGGAAGAAACUUCCUGUGCUUGUCAUGUCAAUUCUUUAUUUUUGCACUUGAGUUUGGAGCACUUUGCAGUAAGACACCAGGCUUUUACUAGAUGGUGCUUUAUUUAAAUAUGUGCUUACUGGUGUUUUAUAUGUGUGUGUGCUUCUGGCCCAACAAACUUCAGCACUUUCAUGCUUUGACAACUACUCCUCCUCACAUAUCUUGUGUAUACUUAUUGAUCACACUGUUGUAAUUUAAAAAGUGGCAUGUGGAGCAGGUAUGAAUAUUUAUUGUACAUUUCAUUCCACACAUAGUGUGUACAGUAUGUGCAUUUGAGCGAAAGGUAGAGUAAUGAUGCUCACAGGAUAACUUUUGUCCCAUCAUUUCUGAUGUUAAACCAUGGUUUUCUCUUCAUUUCGAUUUUUCUUCUGUUCCUCCAUUCAGCUGGAAGCCUGAGUGCAAUAAUCUGAUAAUAAAAACAAAUGGUUGU